GUUUUCUUUUAAACUUCAUUUUAUGCAAUAAUUUUGGUUAUAUUGAUUCACUGAAUAAAAAAAAGUUCAUAUGCUCUACUAGAAGUUUUGUUAAUGCAUAUCAAUAAAGAAAGAAGUUUAUAAAUUUGAAAUAAAACAGUUUAUAUGGCCUACUUUGAGGUAGUCUAAAAAUUUCAUGCCAACCUAAUAAAGUUAUUACAAAACGGAUUGGAUGUAGAAAAUUAUAUACAUUAACUAUUUUUUUGAACAAUAUAUAGUAACUAUCAAAGCGAAUAAAAAUGCAAUGUUUUUAUGUCAAAAUAAAAAAUGGUGAUGAUUAUAUUAUUUUUGAUAAAAUAGUUAACUAGAGAGCAAAGUUUGUUACAAAAAAAAAAAAAUUGGUGUUUCGAUUACUAAACUCUGCAAGAAAAAAACACAUGAAAAAAUAUGGGUAUAAUAUUGUAGAAAAGUUUUCUAAUGCUUAAAUUAGUAAAUAACCCCAUGAAAUAUGAGUAAAUAUCUUAAAGGAAUGGAAAGGAGAAGGUAAGUUUUGUGAAUAAUUGUGAUGGCAGAACUAAAAAGAAAAGCAAUAGUGUAUUUAUGUUGUUUGGAUGAGCUAUUUUUGGUUAAAGCUAAAAAUAAUAAUGUCUUUGAAGAAGAACAUAUGUGUGACAUUCUGUAGUUAAACAUAAACUCUGGUAUCUUCAAAAUAAAUAGCAUUUACAUGACAAAUAAAUACAACAUUUUCUAGAUUGUGUUAGGGGUUUUCAAACAGAUAUUAUGAAUUGUGAUUGUAGUACAAUUAAAUCAUUUACAUACGUGGAGUAGAAGCUCAACAACAUUAACCACAUAUGCAGUAUGCUUGGCUCUGAGUGGAUGGAUGCAUGUGCUAUGCUUUGUGGCAUUGAGAAUCGUUUAGUACGUUAUCAAUGAUUCUAACGUGGUCAAAGUCAAAGCUAUCUACGCUUUGUUUCUAUCAUACAUUACAAGUUUUUUUUUUUCCCGUCUGGUAAAUUCAUUCAAAGUGAAAUACUCGUUUUGAUACACAAGCUGGCGGCAUAACAAGAAAGCCCCAGAAGCAAAAGCCCACAUGAAGGCAGCAUCUAAAACCCACGCAGGGGUGACUUACUAACAACUAAAACUGCAAAUAAACUCAUACGGCUAAUAACUACACAUGAGCAUUAAACAAAACAAUUCAACAGACUUUAGAAUCAAGCACAAGCCAAUGAUUGGGGAAAUAUCGUUGCUCUCCAUAGCCCAACACACGAUAACAUCCACCUCUUACAACCACACUGAUCAUACAUUACAAGUUACAACCAAUAAUGUCUUCAUUUAAUUAUUGGGGUCACUUCAUUUUAUCCUUGACCAUCUUGAUGUUUAUAUAAAUACAAACACAGUGAAUUCAAUUAUUUUAUUUUGGGGGGACAUCUUCGUUAUAAUUUUUUUUCUUUCAACACACCUUCAUUCUUGUUUCUAAUAAAUUACAGUGAACAUUUGGGGUUCUCUUUCUUUCCAGAUUCAGUUUGGUUAAUUUGCUCUUGAUAAAAUUGUAGGACUGCAGCUGAAUUAUCACCUGAUUGAAUGAAAUUAUGCGAAAUUGCUUAUUUUAUCAAUUUCAUUAAAAAUCAAAAGAAAAUAUGCUACUUUAGUUUUGAUGAGUAAUGAAUGAGAUGGAUUUAUUUCAUUUUUUAUGUUCCAUUCCGAUUAUUGGAAUCAAACAGAAACUAGUAGAUUUCGUUCUUGUUUCAGUUUCAAUCUGAUUCUACUUGGUUCAAUUUCUAUUUGAUUUAGGUUGGGUUUAGUUUCCAAGUGGACGUAAAAACUUCACAUGUUAUUUUCAAAUUAUUGUCUAAAUUAAUAUUUGAUACCAAUGAAAUUAUAAACACAACAUCUCCUAACAAGUAUGGCUCCGUUACUGGCUAAUGAUUGGUCAAAGGAAGUAGUAUUGAGAAUUGAGAUACUGUAUAUGAGGUAGGUUGGAAUUUUGUACUUUGCGUUGCAUGGAAAUGGAAAGUUAAUGAUAAACAGUGACAUGUGUUUUAAAAUCUUUGGUAACAUCGCUGUCUGCACUGUUGUAGAAAAAUUUAAAAGAAAAAAUACAAUAGCUAUAACAAAAGAAGCAUAUUGUACUACUUAGAGCACCAUUAUCCCAGUUUCUCUUGUGGGUUUUUAAAGUUAAUGGACCAUUUAAUUAAAUCAAAAAUAAAUAAAGUGUAUGUUACCGAUCCUUAAUAUGGGAUUUUCGGAACCGCUUUCAAAGGGAUUUUUAAAAGCACGUGUCAACAAACCAUGAAAAGUAGAUGUAUUUAUGUUUUUUAUUUUUUCUUCCUCUCUUUUUUUUUCUUCGUCUUCUACCUCUCUCUCGUAAUCUCCGGCGACGAACUCGUCUGAUAACGAACAAUGCGCCGAUGCCCAAUUAAUCUCAUCUUCUUCUUCUCUAGCUAUUCUCUCAGCCCAAUCUCAUCGCCUCCGCAUCAAUCUCAUCGACGCCAUCCUCCGCAGUUUCAUCAACGGGAAGAAGAGGAAGACGAGCACCAGGAAGAAGAAGAUAGAAACGCUAUUGGGUUUUUGUGGAUAAUCGAAUAGGUUUUUAACUAGAAUUUUUAAGUACACUGAACUACAUUUAUAUAGUUAAAUAAUCACUAAGAAACACUAAUGAGUUUCUGUGGAUAAUCAUGCUCUUAAGGGGUGCAAUUUGUCAUUUGGAGUUAACAAUAAUAGUAAUGUAGUAUUUUGUUUUGGCAAUGAUAAUAGCUACAACAAUCUGCACCAUAACUUAAGGUUAGCAAUGAUAUGAUCUCGUGUGUUGAAAUGUACCUGUAUUCACAUGGCAACGACCCCAAGUUCAUGUGAGGACAUGUGUUCACUAUUCAUUUAUCUCUCUCCACUUUCCUUCGGUCAAACCUCAUCUACAAUAUUUUUUUAAAAAAUAUUGUCUGAUAAUAUAACAAAAUCAUGGAAACAAAAUAAGAUAAUGGAUACUAUAAUGUUACAAUGCAUCUCCCAAUCACUGUGAGUAAUAUUUUAAAUGCGACUUGCAUGUUCAUUAUCAUCUAAUCUUUCAUCUCCCGUAGGUCCUUCUUCUUACAGCUCUGUAACUUGUCUGCUUCUUCUGUUUGUCCAUGUGGUCUUACCUCUCUCUCUCUCUUUGUAUAUAUUAUCCUCAUCAUUACUUUCUGAAUCUUCACUUCUCUCUCUCUCUCUCCCAACGUCCGUUACGUUUGUACGAUCAUGGCAUCAGCUGAAACAUCGACAAUGGCGGAGGCUAACAUGGUUUUCAUGAUGGAGGCACCACCGUCGGGACCUCGCAUUUCCUUCUCCGCCGACUUGUCAUCAUCAGACAGCGAGGGAGAUUACAUCUGCAUCAACCCGAAGAAUCUCUUACCGGGAAAAGUAGAACAAGACAAGAGCUCAUCAAAAGCCGGAGACUUUGAGUUUCUGUCGAAUACCCAAACAAUGCUCACCGCCGACGAGUUGUUCUCCGAAGGAAAGUUUCUUCCUUUCCGGCACGUCAAGCAUUCAGAGAAGCUUCAAAACGUUACAUUGAAAACAAAAGCCGAAGAACAAGAACAAGAACAAGAAAAAGAAGAUCGUAAGGUAGUGAAAGAGGAGACUGUUAAUAACAGCAACAGAGGAAGCUGGUUUCUUGACGACGACCCUUCUCCUCGUCCACCAAAGUGCACUGUUCUAUGGAAAGAGCUUUUGCGGCUAAAGAAACAGAGGAACAACACGAAGGCAUUGUCUCUCUCGCCGUCGUCUUCUUCGAGCUCGACUUCGUCUUCUUCUAGCUCGAUUGGAGACGCGGUGAAGAAGGAGGAGAGAGAGAAGAGAGGUAAGAAAGGGUUGGAGAGGACGAGAUCUAUGACUAUGAGGAUAAGACCGAUGAUUCAUGUUCCUGUCUGUACACCACCUUCUAAGCCUCCUCUGUUUCCUCUAAGGCUUCACAAAAACAAAGUAGAGAGACGAACUUGAUGAUGGAAAUUGUUUUGUGAUUAGAUGGAUUGUGUGUUUUGUUGAGCUUUUUGUGAUUGAGAUCUGAUGUGUGUUGACAUUGUAUAAAUGUGAAUGACAUUUUCAUAACACAAUAAAAUAUUCAUCAUUAGUAUGAUUUUCAUCUCAUUAUAUUGAAAGUGUUUGUCUUGUUGUAUCUCUGUCUGUUUGUAUCUAAGCCAAAGAUCAAAUAUUUUGGGUUAGACUUUUGAUGGUUCGUUAGUUUAAAGUGUUUAAGAUCUGAGAAAGUGAGAGAGACAAAAGAGUUAGAUGCCAAAACUAAUGGAAAAAAAAAAA